AUGUCUGGAUACAACGCAUCUUCGAACACCGGCCCGCACGCCUCCAACCUUGCGAACAAGAUCGACCCGCGCGUCGACUCCUCGCAGUUAGGAGGUUCUAGCACUACUCGCUCCGGUAACCAGUACGGCUCUGGAACCGGCGGCUCGGGCUACGGCGAUACCUCUCAGUACGGCUCCGGAUCUGGCGGUGGCACUGGCACCUCCGGCUACGGCAAUGAGUACGGAUCAUCCACCACCGGCGGCAGCGGAUACGGAUCUGGAUCCCAAGGCCUCGGCGGCGCAGGCGGCGACACUUCCACCAGGACCUUUGAGGACGCUCACUUUGGUGACAGCAAGGGCACUGGCUCUGGCACCGGGGCCGGCGGUGUCACCUCUGGCUAUGGUUCCAACACUGGCGGCUACAACACCGGCGAAUACGGCUCAUCCAACACCGGCUACGGGGCCGGCUCGGGCAGCACCAACGCUGGGCCCCACAGCUCCAACGUUGGAAACAAGCUCGACCCUCGUGUAGACAGUGAUCUCGACAACCGCGGCAAGUACGGUGGAGCCGGCACCACGGGCGGCGGUGCUGGAUAUGGCUCUGGCACCACGGGUGCCAGCAGCGGCGCUGGAUACGGCUCUGGAGGUCAGUACGGCUCUGGCACUGGUACUACUGGUACCAGCGGUGCUGGCUAUGGUUCAGGAGAUAAAUAUGGAUCCGGCACUGGAACUGCCACCAGUGGUUCUGGAUAUGGAUCUGCCGGUCAAUAUGGAUCACGCACAGGUACUACUGGUACUACCGGCACCAGCGGUGCUGGCUAUGGAUCCGGCACUGGCACUGGCACCAGCGGUUCUGGAUAUGGAUCUGCCGGUCAAUAUGGAUCAGGCACAGGUACUACUGGAACCACCGGGGCCGCCGGCGGUGCUGGCUAUGGAUCUGGCACUGGUACUCAUGCUGGACAUGGUGCCGAGAGCGGCUACGGAUCUGGAGCUCGCCACGGUGCUGAGUCUGGUCAGUACGGCUCUGGAGGACAAUACGGAUCUGGCACUGGCACUGGCACUGGUACCGAGUCUGGUCAGUAUGGAUCUGGAGGCCAGUAUGGCUCCGGAGAUAAAUACGGCUCUGGCACUGGCGCCGGCUCCCACGGCACCCAGGGUACCCAAGGUGCCCAGGGCGCUGCAUCUCACGCCGAGAAGGCUCACAGCUCUAGCCUCCUGAACAAGCUUGACCCCCGCGUUGACAGCGCCACUGGUGCCUUCAAGCAUGGCCACGGUGGCCAUGGCGCCAGCGAAACCGCCAGCAAGGCUGGUGACUACAGUAGCCAGGCCGGCGAAUACGGCGGCAAGGCUGGAGAUUACAGCAGCAAGGCGGGCGAGUACACCAAAGGCGUCUAA